AUGUUGAUUACAACCACUGCAACGAUUGCUGGUUUUGCUCUGGGUCCUGUUGUAAUUGGUGGAGUAGUGGGAGGAGUAGUGGGAGCAUUAGGAUUUGGAGAAGCCGGUAUUGCAGCUGGAUCUAUUGCAGCAUGGCUUAUGUCAUUACAUCGUGGAACUGUAGCUGCUGGUAGUCUUGUGGCGAUUUUACAAUCAAUUGGUGCCGCUGGUUUGGGUAUUGGAGGAGUUAUUGCCACUGGUAUAUUUGCUAGCGCAAUUGCUACAGCAUUGCUACAUAUAUUGGAAUCAAAUGCUGAGGGGUUGGCAGAAUUGGAAGAAUAUGUUUCCAUUACUGAUGACAAUAAUGAUGAUACAACUGAUACUGAGAAAUCUAACAAAACUUUGCCUACGAAAGUGAUUUUUAAGAUGAAGCCCCAACUUCUUAACAGCAAUGAAAAGUUAAAAUCAUUUUUUAAAGGGUUCGACCUGGCUCAGCAAGUUGCAAAGGACAAAACCAGGCAAUUCGAAUUUUGGGUUGUUAGUAAUAACGAGUCAUGCAUUAAUGAUACUACUUGUUUGAAUAAGCACUUGGUAGAUACCUAUGGAGCUGAUAACGUUACUUUAGGACCAGGAAGUUAUUUUCUGAAAUUGGCCGAUUGA